AUGCACUUUCCUUUGGACAGAAGUGGCGAUGAAGAAGAAGAAGAAGAAGAUGAUGAUGAUCCUGAUGAUGAUGAUGAUCCUGAUGAUGAUCCUGAUGAUGAUCCUGACGAUGAUCCUGAUGAUGAUCCUGAUGAUGAUGAUGAUGAUGAUCCUGAUGAUGAUGAUGAUCCUGAUGAUGUUGAUGAUCCUGAUGAUGAUGAUCCUGAUGAUGAUGGUGAUGAUCCUGAUGAUGAUGGUGAUGAUCCUGAUGAUGAUGAUGAUCCUGAUGAUGAUGAUGAUCCUGAUGAUAAUGAUGAUCCUGAUGAUAAUGAUGAUCCUGAUGAUGAUGAUGAUCCUGAUGAUGAUGAUCAUGAUGAUUGUGAUGAUGAUCCUGAUGAUGGUGAUGAUGAUCCUGAUGAUGGUGAUGAUGAUGAUCCUGAUGAUGGUGAUGAUGAUGAUCCUGAUGAUGAUGAUGAUGAUGAUCCUGAUGAUGAUCCUGAUGAUGGUGAUGAUGAUGAUCCUGAUGAUGAUCCUGAUGAUGAUCCUGAUGAUGAUCCUGAUGAUGAUGAUGAUGAUGAUGAUGAUCCUGAUGAUGAUCCUGAUGAUGAUGAUCCUGAUGAUGAUGAUCCUGAUGAUGAUGAUCCUGAUGAUGAUGAUCCUGAUGAUGAUGAUCCUGAUGAUGAUGAUGAUCCUGAUGAUGAUGAUCCUGAUGAUGAUGAUGAUCCUGAUGAUGGUGAUGAUGAUGAUCCUGAUGAUGGCGGCCAUGCGCGCGUGUGCGGAAGUCUUGGGCAGACCGAGGGCGUCGUGCUCUCGUCGCCGCCCUUCCCCCAGAGUCCACUGUCGCAGUAUACAUGUUGUCAGUAA